CUCCCCCUCUGUAUUUAUUCUGUUACCUUGGUAGCCAUUUUACGGAAGUGAGCAGAGGUAAUCGGACACCUGCGGUGCCGGGCUCUGCAUGUCCCCUCCCAGGAAGGGAGGAACCUGAAGGGAGGCGUCCCCAGACUGGAUAGACCAGUGAGACACAUUUUUUUCCAACCUGAGGUGGGGUUUUUUUCUCACACAACAGCACACAGGGCUUCCCUGUGAACUGAAAGACGGAGACAAACUAGAAGUACAGUUUAGUCAUGGACUCUGUAUACAUACUGUAUGCCAGCAUAUAGAGAAGGAUAACCUACAACUUCAUGGAUAAUACUGCUCCACUUGUCGGAACAGUUGGGAAUGCUUUUGUGAAAGGCAGGUGAACUCUGCUCUCCCAGGGAGAUUACAGCAGGACAUGCUUCCAGUCACUAAACAGCUUGUCUUUACUUGCAGCGUCAUGUGAUCUUGCUCGCACAGAGGAGGCUGAACUGUACUACUGACAACAUACAGUCAGUAGUAGACUCUAUUUGAUAUUAUGAAAGUCUACUAUGUAGAACCUGUUUGUGCCUCACUAAACAAGAAUACAGGAUAGUGUUGUUGUAAAUGGUGCCCUCCUGGAGAAGGUAAAAGGAGCUCGGGAGAUUUGUCCAUACAAAGGCCUUUUGUUCCCAGCCAGCGGUAGAGGUAGAAAAGGAGCAGCUUGGAUAACUGGAGGUGGGGACAUUUGUGACAUUUUCAAUGGACAUUUUGCCAGAGCUACUACCUGUUUUGGUUUGCCUCUCUUUGGUCUCAGUGUGACACGCAAAAAUGGACAGUGUGGGUAAUAACUCAGAUGGACCGGGGAGGCAGCCCACUAGUUCCCUCCUGAAUGUCUUCAGCAGUUUCUUUGGCCGUGAUACACCUGCCCCUUCAGACGCAGAGUCGGCUGUGCUGACAUCUUUCAAGGAGCUGUCGGAUGAGGAGAAUCCUCUUCCUGAAGGCUGUCAAACCACUAACCGUGAGAACAAGCUCCAAGGGAGGGACGGUAUUCAUCAGAAUAAUGUGACUGCUUCCUGUGAUACAGGGCAGAGGGCUGAAUCACUGGAAACCUGCAAGGACCAAGUUAAAACAACAACCUUGAUUGAUCUAGAUCUGGUCCAGGUCACGAGGGUGGAAACGUAUAGUGACAAUGAGGAAAAUGAGGAUGAGAAGGCGGCCAACAGCAGCACUAGUCUGUUGGAGAAGCUUGCCAGGAACAGGGAGCCUUCCCUACCUGAGGAGGGUAAUAAUACAGUGGAGCAUGGUGAUGGAGAUGAGCUAAAAGAUGCCAAUGAGGCAGAAGCAGAGUACCAAGUGCCUGUGUUUAGAACUCACAAACUUGAGGAGAGAUCACUAGCUAAUCUAUAUUCAGACAGGUUUGUCAACAGAACUAACUCGAGGCCAGUUCUGGUCUCUUCAGUUUCCAAACAGGCAGAUGGCUUCAGUCCCAAGCAGCGCACCACCACCAUGUCUAUGGAUGUAGAAACUUCUGGUGUGGGAGAGAAUGGUAGAGACGAUGUGGGAAACAAUGAGAGUGAAGAGUUUGCCAGCAUAGAUUGUUCUCUGCCUGUUCCUUCUAUCAUCUCCGGACAUCUGGCUUUGGAGGCCUCAGCUCAAAAUGCUGCAACAGCCUCUCCUUUAAAGCAGGAUUUAGAUAGAACACAGAAGGAGGAGACACAUGAGCAAAGGGCUGAGGAUGGGACUGAGGAACCUCACUCCAGCCAGGUGUCCUCCUCUGUUCCCUCCAGCCCUGAGGCUCCCAAAGUUUCAGUCCAAUCAUUCUCCAGUCCAGAGGAGCCGUCAAACUCUGCUUUUAUCACAACUCACCCUACAGGGUUUAAAAAAAACAUGUCACGGUCAUCUGCAACUGAAGAGUCCCCAGGUGAUAUCCAGCCAAGUACCAGCCCUGCUAAACAGCGCAUAACCGCUCCAAAGACAUCAGAAACAAACACGCCACCUCCAGCUUCAUCCAAUGCACCCUCCUCUACCUCAUCCCCAUCCAGGGGCACGGUGCUCUCUUCGCCCCCUUCCUUCCAGAUGCCAGCUCUCUUCAGUGGGUUGCGGGUGCUGAAGAAAGGAGCGGUGGGGGAAGACAGGGAGACAGUGUCAGAGAUCAAACAGAGUGAGAAGGAUGCUGACCUGGCUCUGCUCAGCCUGAAGAAGACGGUAAAUAAAGCCAAGCUCUUCCCUGAGCAGAAGACAGUCACUCCAGUCAAAAAACAUGCAGAGCCUAAACCUGUUACAGAAACAAAAAGCACUGUAAUGGGACACUUGAGUCAGCUGCUCAAUGUAGACAACCACGAUGAGACCAAAAAGGCAGAUGCUGGGCAGGAUACUCAUCCUGAAAACAGCAGAAAAGAAUCUGAUAAUGGAGAAGAGGGUGCAGGAGCGAAAAUUCCAGGCCCAGAAACCCCCACAUCCCCACCGGAGAAAAAGAACAGAUCAGACUUGGCCUAUGAAACCUUCAAGAGCUUCUUCGGCCCCAAAACUAUCAAAAAGGAAAAAACAGAAGAUGUGGACCUGGAGGCCGUGAAAAAGAGAAUCAAGAAUGACAAGGAAAGCCUAAGGUCUAUUUUUGAGAGAACUUCCAAAUCCCCUGGCAAGGAACUCAACAGUCCCACAGAGGCUAAUACGGAGGUCACAUCUCCUACAGACAGUGAGGACCGGACCCCAGGGCGUCUUCAGGCUGUGUGGCCCCCACCCAAACCUAAAGAUGAGGAAGAGAAGGUGGGGCUCAAAUACACCGAGGCAGAGCACCAGGCUGCCCUCUUGCAGCUGAAGAGAGAGUGCAAGGAAGAUCUGGAGAGGAUGCAUUCUGACUUUGAGCUUCAAAUCUUCCAACUGCGAGGUGAGCAUGCUGUCUCAAUAGCACAUCUGGAAGGAGUCAUUGCUAAGAUGCAAAGAGACAAUGGGUAUAAUACAAGUCAGGACCGGGGUGAGGUCCGCGAUGCUGCUGUGUCCACUGCAGAUGACCUGACACCCAAGACCUACCGCACUGUGAGCAUCCAGACGGACAGGGAGACCUUCAUCAAGAGCCCUGAGGGUGACAGUGGCAGCCUUGUUCAAAGCCCCAACCAGAAUGUGCCGAAAAGACUCAACUUGGACUCUAUUGGACUAAAUCUAAAAGCUGAAACGGCCCCAGGCGCUUCUGGACCGCCCCCACCCCCGCCUCCGCCUCCCCCUCCCCCUCUCCCACCGGGCCUCUCGGGCCCUCCCCCCCCACCCCCACCUCCUCCUUUGCUAGGCAACACUGGAGCACCGCCCCCUCCGCCACCUCCACUCCCUGGAGGUCGUCCGCCGCCCCCACCACCUCCCCCUCCCCCGCCUGGCCUACCUGGAGCUGGUCCACCUCCUCCUCCCCCUCCUCCAGGCUGUGGCCCGCCACCUCCUCCCCCUAUGGGCUUCAGUUUCGACCAGAAGGUGGAGAAGGCCCCACGGAAACUUGCCGUUGAGCCAGCAUGUCCCAUGAAGCCUCUAUACUGGACCAGGAUACAGAUACAGGACAAUAACAACAACACACUCUGGGGUUCUCUGGAGGAACCAAACAUCGUCGACGCCAAUGAGUUUGAGGAUCUUUUCUCCAAGGCCACGCUGCAGCCAGUGAAGAAGCCCCUGUCGGACACCUAUGAGAAGAAAGCCAAAACUAAGAAGAUUAUCAAGCUGCUGGAUGGGAAACGUUCACAAGCAGUCGGCAUCCUCAUAUCGAGCCUGCAUCUGGAGAUGAAGGACAUUAAGCAAGCUGUUCUGACUGUGGACAACUCUGUGGUGGAUUUGGAGACCAUUGAGGCUUUAUAUGAAAAUAGGGCCACCAGUGAUGAGAUGGUCAAGAUAACGAGGCAUUAUGAGAAUUCUAAAGAAGAUGAAGUCAAACUGCUGGAUAAACCUGAGCAGUUUCUCUAUGAGCUCUCUCAGAUUCCCGACUUUGCGGGCCGAGCCCACUGUAUCAUCUUCCAGUCAGUAUUUCUCGAUACCAUCUCCUCCAUCCGUCGCAAGGUGGAGAUCAUCUCGAAUGUCAGCAAAGAGCUGUUGGAGUGUAAUAGCUUGCGGGAUGUAUUAGGUCUUGUUCUGGCCUUUGGGAACUAUAUGAACGGAGGGAACAGGACAAGAGGUCAAGCUGAUGGCUUUGGACUGGAGAUCCUCCCCAAACUAAAGGACGUCAAGAGCAGGGACAAUCGUAUGAACCUGGUGGAUUAUGUUGUUUUGUACUACCUGCGUAAUUUUGACAAAUUCAAGCAUGCCGGCACAGAAAAGAGUGUGUUCCCUAUGCCGGAGCCCCAGGAUUUCUUCCAGGCUGGUCAGGUUAAGUUUGAAGACCUCACCAAGGACAUCAGAAAGCUGAAUAAAGAUCUGACUGCUUGUGAGAAGAGCGUGCAGAAGGUGUGUGCUAACUCGUCAGAGGAAAACCUCCAGCCCUUCAAGGAGAAGAUGGAAGGAUUCAUCUCUGCCGCUCAAAAGCAGCAUUCAGCUGAAGAGGACCGACUCAGUGCAGCGCAGAGAAGUUUCCAGGACAUGGUGAGCUACUUUGGGGUGAAGCCAAAGUCCGGGGAGAAAGAUGUGGCCCCGAGUUACGUUUUUAUGUUUUGGUACGAGUUUUGCAACGACUUCAAGAACUCCUGGAUACGACAAAACAAGAACAUUUCCAAGGAGAGGUUAAAGGAAGCUCAAGAAAACAUCAAGAAGAUCACAGCAGAGAAGAGAGUUGAAACCAAGAAGAUCAAUGCCAACAGUCUGAAAGAGAGGCUGCGGCAGAAGGAAGCCAGCGUGUCUUCCAGCUGAGUGAAAGGACUAGUGACAUAGCAGCAGAGAAAUAACGAGGUUGGUGUAGAUCGCAGAUCACAAAGUGUGCCGGCCUUAUUUCUCUUGCAUUUCGAUUCGGACUGCCCUCUGUGCACCAUACAGACUCACAAUAAAACCUCGCCGGACACGUACUACUCUAACCCUAACCUCCACCACCCUGUAUACAUAUGAGCUGGGCCUGCAGCAAGGAUGCAUUGCUGACACAGCCGAAGUGAUGGGAGUCUUCAAGUCAAAAGGUUGAUCUCAUUCAUCCAGCAGGGCAUGACCUCUUGAGUGCCCAGCUUGUGAAAGGUCUCAAGGGGUCAGUGGGAUUCACAACAGCUGACACAUCCAAGAGUUUCAUUCUGGGUCUACAAGAGCUGAGAAACUAUUUCUUUCUCAACUGUAGAUGUUAGACAUCAGAGUGAUAAUGCUCCUAUAUACUCAAAGUGUUAAGACGUUGUGGCCUGAAGAGGAAAAUCCCUGUUGACAAAACAUCUCUCUUUCUGGAAGUGGUAAAAAAAAAAGCAGUUGCUAGUGUUCCUUGCUGUAGCGAAAAAGCUUUUCAUUCACCAUGGCUCAUUAAAAGUCUUGUAAAUAUGUCAUGUUGUAGAAUCGUCAGGGACCGUGCAGCUUUGAGGAGUAUGAUAAAUUAUCUGCGCUGGGCUUCACAUGCAGAUUAAGACAUGUUGCGUAUAUAAUGUGUGUGCACACAAAUGGGUAUGUAGAGGUUUCACUGUAUUGUGUGGCACUGCCCCAGACGGGCCCCCCCGCGCACACACACACACACACACACACACACACACACACACCCACACACACACACACACACACACACAAAUGUACUUAAAAACAUAAGAAGAACACAAGUUUUGGCCGUGCAACCACUCUCACCCAAGAUAUUAAAUACACAUUACGAAAAAUUGCUAAUCCUUCUUUGAGUGCUGUGCAUCACCUUGUGUCCAGCACACCUUUUAAGCACUUUACUGCUUGCAGUAGCUGUAUGUCGUAGCUCGGCUCACCAUAAGCCACACUCCCCUGUUAAUGCUAACUGCGUGGAUUUUUUUUUUUUAUAGGAUGUGCACUUUUUUUGCACCCCUUUUUCUAUGCAAGGGUAUGUUCCACUUAGACGAUUCAUGAAUUGUAUUGCUUCAUGAUGAAAUCCUAAUAGAUACUUUUCUCUAAAAAGUCUAUUAAAGUGUAUGUUUUCUUUUUGCAAAUGUAAGAGGUAACCAAGCUCCUGUCUCCUUCAAGAAAAGUCUAUUUAUGUAAGGAAAGAUUUAUUUUCUGCCAAAAAGCAUCAGCUUUGUUCCCUUUUGAGGCUGUAUUUUUAUGAGUUGUAAUUGAUGGAGAAGCUUCCAAAUAGGUCAGUCAGAUGAAAGAUAUAUUUUCACAUGGAUAUUACUUUUCUGUUGUGCCCACUAAUUCAGUGUAUGCGAUGAUAUGAUAUGUGGUGUUUAAGUAAUUUGCAUAGAAUGAUGAUGGCCUUUUCUGUUCAGUUUUGGAGAGAUGAGGGUUGUAUUUUAGGUAUUGAGAAUAUUUUAGCAUAUCAUCUGAAGCCAUGUGAGUUAUUAUAACUCAGACAGACUUCCAUUAUCAGAGUAUCCAUAAAACUGCACCUUGAAUUACAUUUUUUUACCCUCUAAAGUUUUUCACCUGUGCCAUUUAUUUUGUAAAAAAGAAAAUCUAGAUAUUUCAUAAACUGCUAUGUUUUAAUGUUUUACUUUAGAGGGUUUAAAAAGCAAAAAAGAGCUGAUACCGACCAAGAAACUGCUGUGGUCGGUAUGUGUGUAUGUAUGUAUGUAUGUCGGGUUGAUAUAACCUUAGCUCUAAUAUAGGUGCUCUGUAAUUUUAUGGAAUUGUUUUAAAUUUCAAGAUUAAACUACUGGAUGCUGAACAAACUGGA